AUGCCGCCGUCCUCUGAAGCUCCUGACGCAGGCGGCUUCAGGCAGGCGGGCCGACUGCUGCUGCGCCGCCGUCUGCGCAGCGGCGGCCGCGCGAGCCUGCUGGUCCUCCUCUCACUCGCUGCGGCAGCGGCGUUCGAAGCGCCACUCUCGCCUCUCCGUUCUCGGCUCCACUCCCUAGAGCCAACUGAAGUACAGACAACGCGCGCGAGCGGUCCGGGGCCGCGCCGGGGAGGCUGGUGCGACGGCGCUGACGAUGAGCAGCGCUGCUGGAACGAACCAGACACUGGGCGCAGGGCUUCACGCCAGCAGGGGGGGAUUUCCAGCGAGGGCAGUCUGCUGCCUCCAGAGGCGCCGGGAGCGUCUCCAUUCCCCCGGGUCGACGACGACUCCUUCGCCGUCGACCCGCCCAUUCCCUUCGGCGCCACGAGGCAGCAGCGCCGAGAAGAGCCGACAGCUGGCGUGGGGGGACGCAGCGCCCGCGCGGAGGCCAGCGAGGAGAGAGCGGCGCCCGCAGAGCAGCGCCUGCCGGAGGCUGGCCUCGACCCAGAGACCUCAACUUGGCCUGGCGAAGACCAGGGAUCGCCGCAGCGUCGACUGCGUGAGAAACGCCACGGUGACAGGCAAAGGAGACCCGAAGGCGAAGAUGGAGAGGGAGGCGUUGUGCGGUACAAAGACGUGAGCAGUCAUGGGCAGCCCUACACUGUCAAGGUUGACGGCAGAUUUGUGCGGGUCGGCGGCCGAAAAACACUGCUCAUUGCAGCAGGCAUGCCGGCCUACGUCUUCUACUCCGAGGGCAGCGACUGGCCGAACUUCUUGCGCAGCGCCAGGGCGGCGGGAUGCAAUGCCGUUCACACAGCUGUCGUCUGGGCAGCGCACGAGCAGACUCCAGACGUCUACGACUUCAUCCGGCCGUCGGCGAACCUCGUCAAAUUCGCCCAACUCGCCGCAGCGAAUGACCUUUUCCUGAUUCUGGACAUCUGGCCUGCCCCCGAAGCGCGACCGCACUGGAAGAAUGGCGGUCUUCCUGCGUGGCUCGACGUAAGUGUGCCGCGCUUCGCGAUGAGCGACGAAGGCUUGGUCAGACUCUCUAGCCUCGCCGCGGUGCCUCAAUAG